CAGCGCCUGUCGUUGAGGGUAGCGCUUGCACAUGACUUCCUGUCUUCCUGAAGCUGCAGCUGAAAGAGGCUACAUAUUUUAAAUGGUCUUCUCUUUCAAAUAUUUCUCACAUUUAAAAACUUUAAAGGAAGGCAAGGAUAUGAUUUUUUAACUUAACCCGGUCAAAUAAUAAUUAAUAUACGAGACCGGGAUAAAUAGGUGAAGCAGUUCGGAUGUGAAAAAAUUAAAUGUAUUUUUUCAAAAACGGCAGGGUUAUAUUAAUAAUUCUGCUAUGGAGGAAGUUGAUAAAAUAUUAAUUCAUUCCCUUACGCAAGUCGGGACGGAGGUUGGAGAGGAGGUUCAGACCGUGAAGCAGUUCUCCAGCGAGCUCAUCGUCGAAGCAGUAGUCCGAUGUCUCCGAGUGAUCGAACCGGCCCUUGGCAACGGCCUCAGCCACAUCCUGCCUCCCGGAAUGUCGGCCAGAUUCCGGCUGGGAAUGAGCCUGGCACAGGCGUGUCAGGAUCUGGGCUACAAGGGGGAGAUUGGAUACCAGACUUUCCUCUACAGCAAUGAGCCUGAGAUCCGAGCGCUGCUCAUGUACCUGGUGGAGAAGCUGCCCCGUGAGAGAGCAGAGAGCUCCGACCAGCCCGCAGGCAAGUCCGCUGUGCUCCAGAGAUCCAUUGCUGCGAAGAUCAGAGCUCAGCUGGCAGUACCCUGGAUCCCUCCAUCCUGCAGGGCACCUCUGCUCUGCCGAUCCCAGAGUCCUGGAUUGACACACAGCUUCCACGCCCAGCAGCUCAGUUUACCUCACAAUCUGGCAUUGUCCGGCAAGAACAUCCCAAAAGAGGUCAAGGAGUACUGUGACAACUUCCUGCCGCCUGUCACCGCCCAGCCUUCCCAGCAUGCCUUUCUCCCCGCCUCUCUGCUGGAGAGGAACUUGGCAGAGGUGAGCUCAGUGCAGCAGUGGGAGGCCGAGUGGAACAGCCAGGGCCUCGGGUCUAGGCUCAACCCUGAGGAAUAUAAGUCUCGGAAGCGACAGCGCCUUCAGAAGAGACUCCAGGACCAGCUGCGGCACUGCGUCCAACAAGGCCCGGACUCCCAGCAUGCUUUGCGCUCCAGUUCGGACCUCGCUGAUGUGCUGCGAUCCUUCAGUGGGGGGGCAGGGGGGCGCGACGUGCUCACGAAGGGAACCCGAUUCACCCACACUGAGAAAUUCACCUUCACACAGGAGCCGGAGAAAGUGGUCCAGCAGAUGCAGACAGCAGCCAACGCCCUCCCAGCCUCCAAACAAUCAGAGCAGGAUAUCCAGGCCCGGCAGGAAGAGGAAGUGACAUCACUGCAGCAGGAACUGGACCAGCUGUCCUCGCGGGUAGAGGAAGUGACCUCAGACAUGAAGAAACUCACCGUGUCCAUGACCCAGGUGUCUGACGAGCUAAAGCAGAGGGAGCUGGGUAACUGUGAGGAAGAGGAGUCUGUGCGAGUGAAGAAGAGGACCAUCGAGCUGCUGCCUGACGCAGAGAACAACCUCCCCAAACUGCAGGUGCUGGUGGAGGGCAGCGCGAAGCGCAUAGUGAACCUGGCAUCUCAGUGGGAGAAACACAGAGCGCCCCUCAUCGAGGAGCGCAGGAAGCUCAAGGAGCUGUGGGGCAGCAGAGAGCUGGAGUCCACGCGCCGUGUCGAUGAGCUCCGGAGUCUGCAUGACAAGAUCAGGCAAGCUGCAGAUGAAGCCAGAAAGAAAGAGGAUCUCUACAGACAGCUGCUGACGGAGUUUGAGAACCUGCCUGGCGAUGUCUCCAGGUCUGCGUACACACAGAGGAUACUGGAGAUCGUGGGCAACAUUAAAAAACAAAAAGAGGAGAUCACAAAGAUCCUUUCCGACACCAAGGACUUGCAGAAAGAGAUCAACAGCCUUACUGGGAAGCUGGACCGGACCUUCGCAGUGACAGAUGAGCUGGUCUUCAAGGAUGCCAAGCGUGACGAGUCAGUCAGGAAAGCCUAUAAGUACCUGGCUGCUCUGCAUGAGAACUGCACGCAGCUUAUCCAGACCAUUGAAGACACAGGAACCAUCAUGAGAGAGAUCAGAGAUUUGGAGGAGCAGAUUGAGACGGAGAAUGGGAAGAAGACUGUGAGUAAUCUGGAGAAAAUACUAGAAGACUACAAGGCGAUCCGACAGGAGAACUCUGCACUGGCAGCCAAGAUCCGGGACGCGUGAGCGAGAGCCUUCCUGCCAGCCAGCCUGCCUCCGAGCUCCCUGUCAGGGGCAAGCUAAGAGAAGGAGGCGUGCCCAGGAGAAGCAGCCACAAGACCCCGAACACUAGAACCAGAACUUCUAUUCACGGUCCUUCAGGCUUUGCUGAGCUGCCUAAAUCGUUACCGAACAUCCCCUCUUUCUGAUCCCCAGCAAACUUUGGGUCUGUAAGAUGGAAAUUCUGUCUACAAGUGGCGUGUACUAUACCAACUACCAUGUAUUUGCAGAACUUGACUAUUGUUCUAUUUGUAGGUGCUGAUCGUGUCUGUCUGUCUGUCUGUCUGUCUGUCUGUCUGUCACUCUCUAUGUGGUGAACACGAUAACUGUUGAUUUUGCACCAGACUUAUCAUACACCCCUAGCCUCUUAAACGUUUCGGAUUGGCUUUAAUCCGAUAAACUCUCCAUUUUUUUUUUAAUACAUUGUUAACCUUUCCAGUUCUGUGCGAUUUGUUUCACGGUUAUGAGGAUCCUGUGUGUGUGUGCGUGUGUGUGCGUGUGUGUGUGUGUGUGCACCAAUGGCCCGAUUUGGCGGUUUUGCUAAUUCUAUGGGCUUGUCCCACUUUGCAACCAUUUUAAGAGCACUACAUUGGAUCUGAUACACAUGGAAAAUGAGAAUGAGGCAAUAGGCAAGUUGUGCAAAUACACACAUGGCAGUUCUGCUAAAGGUGAAACAGCUUCCAUAGGAAAUAUUUCAUUUUUGACUGUCGCUUGUAGGCAGAAUCGCAUCUUACAGCCCCUUGCCCUUUAAGAGUGAUAAUUGAGUUCCAUAAAGCUCCUUGCAAGCUGCUAGCUAGCAACAGUAUAUUCUCUACCUGUUUCACAAACCAAUAUGCUAAUACAGUACAUGAUUUGCAGAAGUGGGCUCUGCUAGAUUGAUUUAAAGGAUAACGUUUUCUCUCUGAUCUAGAGAACCAUUUGUGCAAUUGUGAAGAAACUAAAGACAUUCUUUAGCGCAGAGCUAUUAAAUGUAACAGCAUCAUCUUGAUUUAAGAAUAAAAACAGAUCAAUGAGAUUUUAAAAGAUAAUCCUUUUAUUUUAAACUAGAUUCACAUUGGAACAUAAAUGUUACAAAGGAGAGGAGGCCAUUCGGCCCAUCAGCGCUCAUCCGGUUCCUAGCAGCUGAUCGAUCUCAGAACUUUGUCAAGUUCGGGUCUUUAAGGAUCCCAGUGAUUCAGCGACAUGACUAGGUAACCCGAUCCAUCCCCUCACCACUCUCUGUGUGACUCAGCUUUCAACUGUGUCCUUUUGUUUCUGUGCUGUGCUUGAAAUAGUAACUAGGGUUUUGGGUUUGAUAGACUUGUCAUGUCCCCUAGCCCUUCCUUAUUCUUAAAUAAAUCCAGUUCCAUGUUUAUAA